AUCUGAGUGUAAAUGGAAACACACUCGGCAGUAACGAGCUGAACGCUCUGGGAGGAACAAACCUGUGUGCGCUGAACACCAGUGUGCUGAGCAACAUCACGGCCGCCAGCGUGGAGCGAGCGUCUGCUCUCUCUUUGACCAGCUGCAGCUCAGAGAAGUCAUCGAUUCUGUUCAGUAUCGCUCAGAACGCAUUCAACGCAGCAAACACACGCAGUGCAAACCCCGUCAGCAUCACGACAUACCAGCUGCUGCAGAACUACCUCGGCGGUGCUGAUGCAGCGUUCAUCCGUACUCUUGUGAACUCCAGUGUGAAUAUGGACGUGCUCACAUUCAUGAGUCUGAAGCAGAGCGUCAUUAACGUGCUGCUCGUGCCUGAGGUCAAGGGUCUUCUGGGUGUGAAUGUGGCCGAUCUGAAGAGGUAUGAGAGCGCAGCACAGAUUCAGGAGUGGAUCAGGCUCCAGCUGCAGGUGGAUCUGGACUCGCUGCAGCUCGAUCUGACGGGGGGCAGGAACUCCAGCGUCACACAGACCACCGUCAGCGGCACCACUACAUCCAGCAGCAGCACUAAAGCUCCUUCAGUCCAGACCGGCACCACAGCUGCUGGAUCCAGAGUCUGGUCACAUGUCUGUCUGCAGCUGCUCCUAUUGGCUGUUACCACGACGACGCUGCAGCUGCUGCACUGGUGACAUCAUCAUCGCUGCACUUCCUGUCUCUCGCUCGUCUCGUGUUUAAAGAGUUUCUGCACUUUCACUUUUCAAGAGCUCUUUCUGUCUGAAUCACUCAGGAUGGCUGUGGUCACAUCUGACUCGUUCUUAUGAUGAUAAAUAUUCAACAAUGAAAUGCUAAAUCUCACAAACAUCUCAAUAAUUAAUAGUAAUAAAUACAAGGGGUUCUGUUUGCACACGUGAGAUAGACUCCGAACUGUAACCAAUGUGAUAUAAAACUGUGUUGAUUUAAAGCGUAAGAUAAAUAAAGGCAUGCUUGUUAUCCUGGUUGUCAGUUUCUC